AUGCCGCAUUCUGAAACCCCCGCGAUGCCGACCGCUGUCUCCAAGACCCCUUCGUCCGUCCCUCCCACCGCUGAGGAGGUGACCUCGCUUCUCAACACUAUCUUUUCCGCUCAGACUUCCCAGCAGUCUCUCGAUGCCUCUUAUGCCUUGACGAACCUCCUCAUUCAAAGCGUCGGAUGCGGCGCGUUCUCGACGUACAACAUCUUGCCGGAAAUCAAGAAGGCCGCCACCGAUAAGAAAAAUGGCGCCAGACGUGAAAGUGCCAUGCUGAUCCUCGGCGCUCUGCUGGAGCGUUUCCCUCGCGAGCACCCUCUCAGCGAGGUCGUCUUCCUGCUCCAGGACGGCGGUGUCCUGAACCUCGCUCUCGAUGCGCUUGCCGAUAAGGGUGCCAUCGUGCGCGAGUCCGCCCAGUAUGCUAUCGACGCCUUGUUCUCGUGUCUCAAGCCCGAGGCCAUGGUCAACUCCCUCCUGCCUGCCCUCUCGGCUUAUCUCGGCAAGGGAACCGGAAAGUGGCAGGGCUUUGUAGGCGCUUACUCGCUCAUUGAGAAGAUGGCCAUCAAGGCUCAGAUCGGAACCGGAACCUACGACGAGGAGCUCGCGAAGGAUGUCCUGCGCGAGGCCAUGGGUAAGACUCUGAAGGACUUGAUCCCCUUGGUUGAGGGGGGUAUGCACGACCUGAAGAACGAGGUGGCCAAGCAGUCCAUCAAGGCUAUGAACGCCCUCACGACUCUGCUGUCCAACGACGACGUCGCCCCCCGUAUCCCCCUGCUUAUGAAGACCAUGGAGCAGCCUUCGGAGCAGACCCUGCAGGCGGCUAUCCACGCUCUGUCUCAGACCACCUUCGUGGCCGUCGUCACGUCUCCCGUGCUCGCUCUGCUGACCCCUCUGCUGGAGCGUUCGCUGAACGCCCCCACUACCCCCCAGGAAACCUUGCGCCGGACUGUGGUCGUCGUCGAGAACUUGACCAAGCUCGUGCACGACCCCGCCGAGGCGCGUACCUUCUUGCCCAAGUUGAAGCCUGGUGUGCAGGGUGUCAAGGACCGCGCUUCCCUGCCUGAGGUCCGUGAGCUCGCCACCCGUGCUUUGAGCGUCAUUGAAAACGCCAUGAGUGACAAUGACGUCGCUGCCGGUGCCAUCGUGAAGGUCACCCCCGAGGAGGUCCUUACCGUCUUGGACGCCCAGAUCCAGGCCAACGGCGGUCUCGCCGUUCCGGACCAGCGCACCCUUUUCGAACUUGGUAAGAACUACGUUGCCGAGAUGGUGCGCGAGGACGUCAACGUUCGCAUGCAUGAUCGCAUCCCCGCCUGCAUUGCCCCCUACCUGCGCGGACUGCUCGAGGAGGGCAAGGAGGACGCCGUUGCCACGGCGGUGCAGAUGCACUUCGUCGAGGAGGACCAUCGUAAGUUCGGCAAGCCCGAGCCCGAUGACCCGAACGAGGUCGAGAUCGUCAACGCCAACUUCUCCCUCGCUUACGGUGGUAUGCUUCUGCUCUCUCACACCAACCUUCGUCUCCUGAAGGGUCACCGUUACGGUCUGUGCGGUCGCAAUGGUGCUGGAAAGUCCACUCUGAUGCGUAGUAUCGCCAACGACAAGUUGGAGGGUUUCCCGCCCCAGGACGUCGUGCGUACUUGCUUCGUCGAGCACAACCAGGGCGAAGAUGCGGACCUUACCAUCGCCGAAUACGUGUCCAAGGACCCCGCCAUUGCCGCCACCGGCAAAGAGCACAUCAGCAACGUCCUUCUCGAGUUCGGUUUUACGGAUGGCCCCGAGGGUCGCCAAUCGCAGCCCGUUGGAUCCCUGUCCGGUGGUUGGAAGAUGAAGCUGGCGCUGGCCCGUGCCAUGUUGAUGAAGGCCGACGUGCUCCUGCUGGACGAACCUACUAACCAUCUCGAUGUCGCCAACGUCAAGUGGUUGCAGGAAUACCUGAAGAAGCACACCGACAUCACCAGUUUGAUCGUCAGUCACGACUCCGGCUUCCUCGACGAGGUGUGUACGGACAUCUAUCACUACGAAAGCAAGAAGCUGGUCUGCUACAAGGGUAACCUGGCCGACUUCGUCAAGGUCAAGCCCGAGGCCAAGAGUUACUACACCCUGUCCGCCUCGCAGAUCUCCUUCAAGUUUCCCCCUCCCGGUAUCCUGGCUGGUAUCAAGUCCAACACCCGUUCGAUUCUCCGCAUGACCAACUGCUCGUACACCUACCCCAACGCCAAGAAACCCUCCCUGACUGAGGCCUCGCUCUCCCUUACUCUGUCCUCUCGUGUCGCCAUCAUUGGAGGUAACGGUGCCGGUAAGUCGACCUUCAUCAAGAUGCUUACCGGUGAAACCAUCCCUCAGACCGGAAAGGUGGAGAAGCACCCCAACCUGCGUAUGGGAUACAUCAAGCAGCACGCCCUGGAGCACGUGGAAAUGCAUCUGGAGAAGACCCCCAGUCAGUACCUGCAGUGGCGUUACGCCAACGGUGACGACCGCGAGGUGUUCCUGAAGCAGACCCGUAUCCUGAGCGAGGAGGACAAGGCUCAGCUCGAGAAGCCCGUCGACCUUGGUGAUGGCCGUGGCCCCCGCCGUAUCGAGGCGCUGAUCGGUCGUCAGAAGUGGAAGAAGUCCUUCCAGUACGAAGUGAAGUGGGUUGGUCUCCUGCCCAAGCACAACACCAUGAUCUCCCGCGAGACUCUGAACGAGCUUGGUUUCUUCAAGAUGGUCCAGGAGUUCGACGACCACGAGGCUUCGCGCGAGGGUCUCGGAUUCCGUGUCCUGGAGCCCAAGGAGAUCUCCAAGCACUUCGAAGAUAUCGGCUUGGACCCCGAGAUCGCCAACCACAACCAGAUCUCCGGUCUUUCGGGUGGUCAGAAGGUCAAGGUCGUCCUUGCCGGUGCCAUGUGGAACAACCCCCACUUGCUGGUGCUGGACGAGCCUACUAACUUCUUGGACCGUGACUCGCUGGGUGGUCUGGCUGUUGCCAUCCGUGACUUCAAGGGCGGUGUGGUUAUGAUUUCUCACAACGAAGAGUUCGUCGGUGCCCUCUGCCCCGAACAGCUCCACAUUGCCGACGGCCGCAUUGUGUCUCGCACCAACAACGCCGUCUCUCUGGACCGAUUCGAGGACAGCGCCACAAACUCGCCUCAGGCCGGCAGCACUGCCGCCAACUCGACGACUACCAGCGCUGCCGCUUCCGCCGUAAACUCCGGUGCCGAGGACCAGGGCGAACUCAAGUUCAAGGCCAAGAAGAAGAAGAAGAUGACCCGUGCGCAGAUGAAGGACCGCGAAGUCCGUCGUCGUCUUCGUCAUAUCGAAUGGUUGAACUCUCCCAAGGGUACCCCCAAGCCUGUCGAUACUGACGACGAGGCGUAA